UGGAACUGCAGCACCCUGGAACGGGACCACACCGUCUUCGGCCGGGUCAUGCUGCGAAGUAGGUCCCGCCCCGUCCCCUUCCCACCGCCACGUGCCUUCUCUCCCUGGGAGAGUCUCUCCGCUCGCUGGGCUGCCGUGCCCGGUGGCUUGGAUUACUCCCUUAGGGGAGCUUUGCCUUUGCCUGCUGUGAAGCGUUUCCUGAAGCUGGAGUGUAAAUGCCACGGGGUCAGCGGCUCCUGCACACUAAGGACUUGUUGGCUGGCAAUGUCAGAUUUUCGGAAAACGGGGGAUUACCUAAGGAAAAAAUACAACGGGGCCAUCCAGGUGACGAUGAACCAGGACGGCACCGGCUUCACGGUGGCCAACAAGAACUUCAGGAAGCCCACGAAAACAGAUCUGGUGUAUUUUGAGAACUCGCCCGAUUACUGCGUGAUGGACAAGUCGGCAGGCUCCCUGGGCACGGCCGGUCGCGUGUGCAACAAGAUGUCCCGCGGGACGGACGGCUGCGAGGUGAUGUGCUGCGGGCGGGGGUACGACACCACGCGCGUCACGCGCAUCACCAAGUGCGAGUGCAAGUUCCACUGGUGCUGCGCUGUGCGCUGCAAGGAGUGCGAGGACACUGUGGACGUGCACACGUGUAAAGCGCCGAAGCGGGCCGAGUGGCUGGACCAGACCUGA